CCAUUUAGUCAGGCCAAGUAGGGGUAGAAGACUGCCAAAGUGCAUUCUUCCUUACCCUCCCCAUCACUCUUUUUUUUUUUUUUUUUUUAUGGAACCCUCCCCAUCGCUCAUAUAACUUUUGUUUCCAGCUUUUACUUCGAGUCAUUUGUUCCAUUGCCAUUGGGGAAGAGGAGAAGAAGAGGGGGACUGAAGAGAGGUUGAUGGCAUGUGUUAACAUGUUCAAUCCGGAGCACAAAGGUUUCUGUGGAGUGCCGGCGGCUCCGCCGAUGAGUCCCCGCAUCUCCUUCUCCAACGACUUUGCCGUGGACCCGCCACCGCUGGCCCCGCGCGGGCCUGCGCCGCCCCCCGACCCCAACUUCGAGUUCUCGGUGGGCAGCCACCACAUGAUCGCGGCCGACCAGCUCUUCUUCAAGGGCCGGCUCCUCCCCCUCAAGGAGAACCACCACGGCGCCGGAGCCCAGAGGGUGACCACCCUCCGGGACGAGCUCCGUGCCCAUGACGGCGAUGGCGACGGCCGGCCACCAAAGGGUUCCAUUAGGUGGAAGGAGCUCCUUGGGCUCAGGAAGGGCCCCUGCCCUGCGGGCAAAAGGAACGAUAAGAAUGACAGGGCAAUGGAGGCUGCAGACGUGCAUGUUGGAAAGUCUGCACAGGAGCUAUGAGGCAAUAUGGAGGAAUGCGAGUUUAAAAGACGUCGAUGAUAACGGUACAUGAUACUGAAGUAGCAAGCGAAGCAGUAGUGGUGGUAGCAGCUCUUCUUCUUGUUUUUUUUUUUUCCUCUUCUCCUUGUUGAUGUUGUUGGUCUAGUUGAAGGAAAAGGUUGGUGGCUGUGUAGGGAGUGGCGCUUGAUAGGGGAAGACUCCUGUUGUUUUUCUUAGCCAGGGAGUGGGGAAAUUAGAUGAAGGGGGAUACGCAUUGUAUGAGAGGAAGUUUGGCUGAGUGCUAUUAAUUAACUCUCAUUGAUCUGUCUAUUGAGAGGACCUAAUUCUAUUUUUCCAACGAGGUGUUGUUUUGCUGUCUGCUUCUUUUUCCUUCUUGUACAAAUGUUUGUAGCUGGAAGAUUAAAUGGUGUGAUGAUUCUGAUUU